ACAUGGGAGAGAUGGCGUAAAUGAAGGAGUAUCAUUUUGAAAGGGCCUAAUAGCAUAGAAACAAAUACACUAAAAGAAAAUUGCCUGUGUUACGAGUGCCUCCUUUGCGAACAAAAACGAGAAAACGUAAUAAUCUUGAAGGCAAAUAAUGUUUCUAACAUCAGUGAAACUAAAUUGACAACGUUGGCUAAAUUGACAACGGAGCGAAGGGCAAACAUCUUCACAAGCAUGCAAGUCUGACCAAAGGAGAAUAGUGUGUGCGUGUUUACACGAAGGGGGGUACGAUUCUGGCAGGGGGGCGCUUUUCGGCACGACGUCGACUCACAGGAAUUGCCAAUCUCUGUUUUGGAAACUGAUCACUGACGAUUGUAGGAGGCGUACUGGCGAGACAUUGCUAAAAUUGAAUUCUAUUGGACAAUGACAAUUAAAGGGUUAACGUCGGAAGCGUAGUUUCUGAGAGCGCGUAAGAAUGACCCGCGUGGUUGAAGGAAUGAAUGACCAACUAAUGGACACUAUCGUCAAAAUGACUGGGGGACACACAAAGCUCUUAAACGAUUAGGGUGCUUUACUCGCGUGGUUUCAAGAUUCAGUUAGGAUAAUUUAAAAUCCAAGGUUGAAGAAAAAUUGUCGAGGUAAAACGAUAUGGCAAAAGGAAGGGGCGCAGAGCAAUAUGUGGAGGCAAGUUUAUUACCAACCAAACCAAUAUGUCAAGAUGGAAUAAAAAUUACCACGCGGAGGGACAACAGCGGCCGUCUCUCAGUGUGCACUAAGUUGUGCUAUGCCAUCGGAGGGGCUCCGUACCAGAUCACAGGCAGUGCCCUGGGCUUCUUCCUCCAGAUCUACCUGCUGGAUGUGGCCCAGCUGGACCCAUUACAUGCCUCUGUCAUCUUGUUUGUGGGCCGGGCCUGGGAUGCAGUGACAGACCCGACGGUCGGCUUCCUGGUGAGCCGGAGCCGGUGGACACGGUUUGGCCGGAUGAUGCCGUGGAUACUCAUCUCCACUCCGUUUGCAGUUCUCACCUACUUUAUGAUCUGGUUUGUCCCUCCAGUGGAGCAGGGAAAGGUCCUGUGGUAUCUGGUCUUCUACUGCCUCUUCCAGACUCUGCAGACGUGCUUCCAUGUGCCCUACUCAGCACUUACCAUGUUCAUCAGCACCGAGCAGAAAGAGAGAGACUCUGCCACUGCCUACCGUAUGACCGUGGAGGUGCUGGGCACGGUGGUUGGCACGGCAAUCCAGGGUCAGAUAGUGGGCGGGGCAAUCGCCCCUUGUCUCCCAGGAGAUUUGGAUAUACUUCACAACGGCACCUCCGUCCUGCUGGGGUCAGACAAUAACAUCUCCUUGAACGGCACGAAACGCGCAUACCUGAUAGCCUCAGGAAUAAUCUGCAUCAUAUAUGUCCUCUGUGCUGCUAUCCUGUUCCUGGGAGUCAGAGAGCAGGAAGAGAGUGGGCGUUUGAAAAUGGAGCCCAUGUCUUUCUUUGACGGUGUGAAGAUGGUGAUGGGUUAUGGGCCUUAUGUUAAACUAGUCAUGGGAUUCCUCUUCACCUCGCUGGCCUUUAUGCUCCUGGAGGGGAACUUUGCCCUUUUCUGCACCUACACGCUUGGCUUCAGAAAUGACUUCCAGAACAUUCUGCUGGUCAUUAUGCUCUCUGGGACAUUAUCCAUUCCAUUCUGGCAGUGGUUCCUGAGCCGAUUUGGGAAGAAGACUGCAGUCUACUUUGGCAUCACGUGGGCAGUGCCCUUCAUGAUCCUGAUCGUCUCCAUAGAGAGCAGUCUCGUUGUGGCCUAUGUGGUCUCUGUGGCGGCGGGAGUUAGUGUGGCUGCAGCCUUCCUUCUACCCUGGUCUAUGCUACCAGACGUGGUGGAUGAUUUCAAGAUCAAUCAUCCAGAUUCGAAUGGCCACGAGGCAAUUUUCUACUCCUUUUAUGUCUUCUUCACCAAGUUUGCCUCCGGAAUCUCCCUUGGUAUCUCGACUCUCAGUCUAGACUUUGCGGGCUAUGUGACCAGAGGCUGCUCGCAACCUGAUGCAGUGAAUUUAACUCUUAAGGUGCUGGUAGCACCUGCUCCUGCUGUUCUCAUAGUACUGGGGCUGUUCAUUUUCAAGAGCUACCCCAUCGAUGAGGCAAAGAGGCAAGGCAACAGGAAACUUCUGCAGGAGAUGCGGGACAACGAACAGGACUCUGAGACGGAGUCCACAGAGCUUGGGACCAUUGUGUAGGAGCCCCUACACUUGGGACUGGUCGAAAGGCCACCACUGUCCCACGUGUUUGCACCCGUGGGCCCGAACUGAAAAGGCCACCAGGGGAGGCCAGGCAGAGCUUAUAUGUUCAGAAGAAACCUCACACCGCACUGCAGCUGCUUUGACUCACGCACCCUACCUGCUGCUACAUACGCAAACACAAGGGCCUUAUUAUACACUGGACUCUACAGGGUUACAGGGACCUCUAGUGGACACAGUUGUGGACCUCUAGUGGACACCGUUGUGGCUCUCUCUGUGGCCUGUUGAGCGUCUACUGUACUUUGUGAGAUUUGUUGUGUUUGAUUUGUGUCUGUUUGUCUGAAUCAAAACUGUUAACUGGAACUUACCUGUCUUUCAAAUCCAUGAUUUGAAUGGGAUGUUUAUGUAACUGAACCAUGUAUAUUUAAGGUCAAGGAGUGGGAAGUUCUCUGCACUCCAUUAAAACUUUCCGUUCAGUAGUAUACUGUGAGGAAAGAUAUAAACCCUUAUUUUUAGGGUAUCUAAGUAAUUUAUUUGAGCUAGAGUGGAUUAAUAUGGUUACAUUUAUUGAAAUAAUGUCUACGUCUCCAAGGAGUAAGGACAUGGAAAGCACAUUGUUACAUUUCAUGGCACAAUCUUAUGCAUUCUGUGGAAUUAUAUUGGUGUCUUGUGGGGAAGAGAACAAAAGAAAAUAACCAUAGUAAACCAAUGAACAUACCAAUAACGUGUUAUCUGGAUUUCAACUCACUGUUUGUAGGGGAGCUGAAUUCCACAUUAUUACUGCCUUAACAGCAUGUUGUGUACAGUUGUACUUUGGAAACCUUGUAGUUGCAUUGAGAUUGUCCUUUGUAUGAACAAAGUUAACUAAAUUAUAUUUGGUCUAAAUCUAUUUUAAACCCAAGGUUCCUCGAUUUGAGGCCAGUGGGAAGGCUUUCUAAAAGGUGACUUAAUCUCUAUUCAAGUUAACAAAUAGCCCCCUUAUAACUUGAAAUGUUUGACUCCUUCAACUGUAUGGAUAUUUUGACCCAAAUCCCAUCAUGUUUGUAGUUAUUAAACUAUUUAUGUGUUGUCGAAAGCACAAGCAUUACUACUUCAUCAAUAAUCAUUGCAGAAAAUUCAUUUUUAUACACUUGUGUGAUUAUGGAUGUGUACAUUUUUGUAUAGACCAUAGUGUAUGUGGAUAUGUAAGUGAACUUAGUUGUAUGAUGUCAGAAAAACAUCACAUGAUGGAACACUAUUUACAUGCGUUUUUGUAUUUUGAAGUUUUGUUAAAAGAUAAUGUAUCCCUUGAGGCUGUCCUGAUAUUGUGAAUUGAUUGUGUUGUGUAAUGUGAUAAACAAUCAGCUGAAUCUCUGCAACUAUUUA